UUAUAAAUAGAGGAAUAGAAAAGAACUUUAGAAAGAAUUUUAGACGUUUUUGUGUAAAAAAUAUGACGGAUUAUAGUGUGAAUACUUUGAGAGUAAAUAAUUCUGGUGGAAGAACGUUACUUGAGAAUUGGGUUGAAGAAAGAGCAUGUAAGCAGUACGAAGAGCCGGACAGAAAGCAAUCCCAUCUUCACAAACAUGGGCAUAAGGGUAUCCUGACAACUAAAUUUGACUCCAAAGUUGAAAAUCUAUCAACAACAAAAGAUUCGUACCGCCAACCUUCUGGUAGCGGUGUCCGGGCAAAGGGAAAGAAAUUGGAGCUACUUGAAAAGCAUCUUGUUGAAAAAUUGAGUGCUGAAGUUCAGGAAGAAUUUCACCCACCACCAACUCCUCCAGAUUAUAAAUCUGUCACAAAACAAGAUUUCUUUUCAAAUGAAUUUAUUCCCCGGGAACGUGUACCACGACAGCCUCAUGAUGUAGUCAAAGAGCAGCCACUCACAUAUUGGUCGGAGAAAGCUGAUAGAAUUCAUGGUGUGAGCCAAGUUAAAACAAAAGACACUCCAUUUCGAAAGAAUGCUUCGUUUAGCACGCCAGUGGAGCAUCAACUAAAUGAUCAGAAACCUUACGAACGAUGGAACUUUGAUGGUGUUUAGAUAACUGAUCACUUUGAUUUUGAUAACUUUGUAAAUACUAAUAUUAUAAAUCCCAUUGCAUAUAUUAUAAGUCUCAUAACUAAAUAUUCUCAGGAAAUAUAACUGGCUUAUAU